AAAAAAAAAAAAAAAAAAAAAACACACACCACCAAACAAAAAUAGUUACUAAAAUAUGAAUCAUAUUGUCUGAACUUACUCAUAAAUAGUUUAGUUCUGUUAUGAAUGGCAACAAAUGGAUACACAAGCAGAGUGAAUGUCAACAAUUGAGAUGAAAAUGAAGUUGGGUAAUUUCCCGUGGCCCACCUUUGGAUCUGUCACGACGCAGGGCGCCAUGUCUCAACUUGGUCGAAUGCGAUCCUGAGCCCGUGUGACAAUGUCAAAGUGUCCUUAAGCAAGAUACUGAACAAUCUCACCGGCCAAGAAAGAUUGGUUUUGAAUUGAUCUAACCGCCUUCUCAGCCAAGGGACUUAACUCGCCAUAGUGGACCUCAUCAGAGCAAGAAUCAGCCAUCAGAAACAACCACCACUUAGCAGAAGUAGAGGCAGACAGACCAGUGUUGGCAGUGCUCUCCAGUGCCAAUAUACCUACAUGGAACCUCACGACACAAAAAAGCAAAGCAGUGACAUCCUCAAAGAAGGGCAUUACAUGACAUUGCAGUUCUACCAGCAGACAUGGGGAGAUGCACUGCGAUCCUCAACACCACGGACUACAAGAAAACAGAGUUUAAAGAGUCAUUGAUUGACUGAUACAGAGAGAAAGAUAUCGAUUACCACGUGCAAUGUAUUAAGGCAGACACACAGGCUUAUUAAAAGCUCAUACAACAAGGCGCCUUUGGAACGCGAAUCCUGACGAGUCUCAGAUUUUUCUGUAACAGGACAAUUCUUUGUGCUGUCUUGGGUAAAUGUUUGGCCAACGAGCAAAUCUUGACACCAGGCGGUUUGGGCAUAGCGAUCAGUUCAUUUAUGCAGCACACAGACUUUUACAAGCGCCCAGGAGGUCCACUCCCAUUCUUGGAAGCGCGAGGACAAUCAAAACAAUUAGGAGAGUCGCUUAAAAGGAACUGUAACUGCUGUAAACAUGUUUUCGUACAGACGCGCAACCAGGUCAGAAUGACCCCUCUCGACUGUGGGUUCACGUUCAUUCUACCAUACUGCAUAUUACCCCCAAACUAAACGUUUCGUGUUUCCUCUGUCCCAAUAUGAGUAAAUGGUAGGCGUUGACAACAUGAUGGUUUUGUUAAAUUGAAUUCUGAUAAUCAUAGCAAAGCAAAUGUAUGUAUGUAGCACAUUGCAUACGCAAGGUAACUCAAUGUGCUUUACAUGAUUCAAAUCAUUUUUGAAAAAAACAGCUUAUAAACAUUUCAAACAAAGAGAAAAGUAGUACAAUUAAAGCAGCGUACAGUGGAAGAAAUCUCAUUUCAAAGUGGAAAUGCUCUAAAAAGCAUGAGGAAACCUGGACUUCAAAACGUGACGUCACUUCUGUUGGCAACGUAUUCCAUUUGUGUGCAGCAUAAUAGCUAUGCUGCUUUACCAUGUUUGCUUUGGAUUUUUCUGUGCUCCACAAUUUGACCUGAGUCUGUAGAUCUCCGAGCCCUACUAGGUUUAUACCCAUUAGCAUUUCUUGCAUGUAUUCGGGACCUAAAGCAUUUUGGAAUUUAUAGACCAGUAGCAGAACUUUAAAAUCUAUUCUAAAGCUGACUGGGAGCCAGUGUAGAGACUUUAAAAUUGGAGUAAUAUUCUCUGACCUAUUCUGGUCAGAACCCCAGCUGCAGCUGUUUAAUGCUCUUUUGGGGGAGUCCAGUCAGAAGACCAUUACAAAAGUCAAGUCUACUGGAGAUAAAAGCAUGGAUGAGCUUCUCCUCAUCUGCUUGGCACAUGCAAGCCUUCGCUCUGGAUAUGUUCUUCAGAUGGUAGAAGGCAGUUUUAUAAAUUGAUUUGCUAUGACUUGAAAGUCAGGUCGGAAUCUUUCAGUACACCAAGGUUUCGGACUUGGUCUUUGUUUUUUUGAAGAGAGUGACUCCAGGUAUUUACUAACAGCAAUCCUCUUUGCCAGAAACAGUUAUCUCAGUUUUGUUGUGGUUUAAUUGAAGAAAGUUUCAAAACCAUUGAAGGACUGUUCCAUUUAGUCCUACCCACGUUUCCAAACUGUUCAGCAGUGUAUUAUGAUCUGCCAUACUGAGAUCCAACAAGACCAGAGUUGACACCUUUCCCGAGUCAGUAUUGAACCUAAUGUCAUUUAGCACUUUGAUAAGAGCAGAUUCUGUACUGUGAUGAGUUUGGAAACCUGAUAGUCCAUUUAAGUUCAAGAAAUUGCUGAGUUGAUGAAACAUUACUUUCUCAACAAUCUUGGCUAUAAAAGGGAGAUUUGAGAUGGGUCUAUAGAUUCCUAACAAUGGAAGCGGCCAGCGUUCCAUUUUUUAGAAGAGACUUAUUGGCAGCUACUUUAAGAGCUUUAGGAAACCUGCCUGACUGAAGUUUUAGCUGCUGAACCGUUUUCUCUACAGCAAGGGUGUAAAACUCAUUUUUGUAGUGGGCCACAUCGUAGGUAUGAUUUACCUCUGAGGGCCGUUAUGGCUGAACUCGGUCCAGCUGGGCGAGUACCGAUACCUGCUGUCGGCAUCGGGCCGAUACCGGCCACAUUUCAAGGUAGAGGGUACUUGCGAAGGCUGCCGAUACCAGCCGCAGACACUUAAGGCAAAAAAAUAAAAUUAUUAUUAUUAGAUAUUUUUGAAAAAUCUGACAUAAAGUCCUACUCAGCAGUAGUUGGCACGACACUGCGACCUUUGACACAUCAGUGAAUCAUUAUGUGGGUCAGAAAGAAAGAUCUGCACAAUUAUAUCUCAUUGUGUGAAUUGAAAUAAAAGUACUAGUCGUAUUGGUAUCGGUGAGUACUUGGGAGUGAAUACUUGUUCUGGUAUCAGUCCGAAAACAAGUGGCAUUGAACAUCCUCACUAUGAACCCAUACAAAUGUAUGAUCCCCAAAUAUUAUUGCAUAGUUACAACAAAUUAACAGAUAACUAGUUUUGAACUCAGAAGUCAGUAAAAUAUAAUUUAUACAUUUUCAGUAAUACUUUUUUCAAUUUAUUUUGAAGGGGGAUUGGUUGAAAAAAAAAAAAAAUGCUUGCAAUAUCUCACUCUGCAGUUUUGAUAUUUAGCAAGAGACGUGAAGUCAUGAAAUGAUGCGGCGGGCCGGAUCUGGCCCCCGGGCCAUGAAUUUGAACCUGUGCUCUACAGUUUUUUGGUCAAUUGUAUCAAAUUCUGACAUGGUAACAAUAGUUUUUCAGAUUUAGUAUAAUUUUGAUCAUUUUGCUGAUUUGUGCUGACGUUUAACCCGAUGGAUUGUAUUUUUUCACCAAAAUAAGCCAAUUCAUUGCAUUUAUCUGCUGUUAGAAGUUCUGGAGCGAUCUGAUUUGGGGUGUGGGAAUUGUGAGCUUGUCAACCACAGCAAACAGAGUGCGGGUAUUAUUGAAGUUCUUACUGAUGAUUUCAGAAAAGGGUUGCUGUCAAGCCCUGACUAACUCUUGGUUCAAAUUACACCUCAAGAUGUUCCUCGUUUUAGUAGGAGCGACAGCAUUCGUGACAUUUGAGAUUUUCAAGGUGAAAUUCUCCAAAAGUUCAUAAACUGUCUCAGCAUUUACAGUUUGUGGCACAGCAAUGGUCUCUAUAAACUUGGUGGCGGUGCUCUCAUUUAUGUACCCUUUCUGAAUAGACAUAGAGGUCGUCUGAACCUUUGGGAAAAUCUGUAAUUCAAAGAAUACACAAAAAUGGUCAGAAAUAGCCAUAUCCUUAAUGUCAACUAAUUUCAACAUCCUUAGAGAUGACCAGGUCUAAGAUGUGACCUUGAGUCUGGGUUGGACUCUUACGUCGAGAGAGGUCAAAUAUGUCCAGUAUAGCAGAGUUCAUAUUUAUUUGUCCUUGUUAAAUGAAUGUACCGGCAUUACCAGAUAACUAGCAGUGACCUGAUAUUGAAAAGAGCUAGUCUCGCAGAGAAAGCUGGAGACCAUGGUUUGAUAGAUUCACAUUUUAUCCUCACAAAGUUUGUAGUUCUACCUUUUUUGGGCCAUAUUUCUGUGCCCAUCUUUCUGCCCCUUGUAAUUACAGGGAUGACAAAUGCCUGAUCUCCAUAGGGGUCUGACUUAUUCUGGAAAAGACCCCACACAUAUCAGUCAGAUUUGGAGUUAAGAUUCUUCAUGAGUGAAAGAGGACGUUUGUUUCAGGCGAGGGGGGAUGGGAGGAAGAUCUUUGCCUGGUGUGCGUUCAAUUCCAAUAUUGACAAUAGCCUUUCUCCUGUCCGUCACACCGAGCAGAGCAUUUAGGCUAGUAGAGAGUGAGUUUUGCGUUGGGGUUUGCUCCAAUGGGGCAGGGAGGAGUGUGGGAGAUUCCAAGUGCUGUCUCAUCUCAUUCCUCAUUCGUUCCUCUGAUUGUUUGGGUGAUGGUGCUGUCUCCAUCUGCGCCUCGUGUCACCAUAUCUCUUGUUCCUCCGAUUGUUUGGGAACAAGUGGAGACUCCUCCUGCACUUUUUGUCCUUCAGCCGCUUCAACAAGGCCAAUGUUUUCCUUUCUUGCCGCUGAAUGACGUACACAGUAAAAAAUAUUGGCAGCCAAUAACUUAACCCCUUGUCUAUUUAGACAGAAACCGUCUGCCAUGUAGAGAUUUCCGCGCUCCAAAAAAAAAAACGCAGAAAUUGGCAACGAAGCUCACGGAUAGCGCCGUACACACUUCUUUGACCCACUUAUUGAAUUGACCGAGCCUACUAAAAUGUUCAUCUCCAAAUCGGACCAUUGGUAGAAGUCCACUUAUGAAAACUUCAGCAUCUACACAUUAUCCGUCCUCGGUUUUAGAUGUUUCGGCUUUGCUCCCAGUAAAUUCCAGGGAGAACUGCUGGGUGAUCCAUUACCGUUUCCACAGUCCACAUCAGUCCUCUUUGUGGAGCUAAGUGGCUGUCUGUUAGCACGCUUCUGCUCAUCAUUUUGAGACAUCGGUAGAGUGGUUUCAUUCCCUGACUGUCCAUUUACAUCCGCAUACACUUCAAGACGGUGGAUUUUCGUUUCCAGGACCGCCAUCUUCUGUAGCAGUUUGUGAUAGUCUUCAGUGGAAAAGGGAGGCAUCUUGUUGCUAAUAGCGGACUUGUGCUAAUUAGCAGGCCACGCUCACGUAAUGGUAAGGGGGUAUCAAAAGGUAUUGGAAUAUGGCAGCAAGUGACUGUAUCUACCAAAAAAGUCCAGUCCCACAGGUUUAAAAAUAUCCAGGAGUCGCUGCUUGCAAGAAAAAUGUAAACGGCGGCGACGCGAGCAGAAAAGCGUCUGCACUGUAUGAGAGUGUCUGCAAAAAAAAGGGUAUGUCCGGGUGGGUAGCGCGCAGGUGGGGCCUUAUUGUACAUGGGGGGCCUUCUUAGAUCGUGAUGGGUUGGUGACUUGGCACGUCAAAUGCCGGUGAAACCCUGGGGUAGGCGACAUCCCCGCUGGAACUGGCUCCUUGCUUGACCGCGCCCUUCAGAUUGAUGCUAUCUGAGCGACAGCUGGCACGUCCUGGGACGGACGCUAUCUCACCCGCAGGGUCCCUUCCUAUCGCUAGUGUAGUGUACCUGAUGCUACCCUGGUUUGUUGUGCUUUGAAAUCAUCGGUGGUUGUAAAUAACAAAAGCUAUGUCUAACUGAAACCUCUUAUUACAUGUGACGUGACUGUGCAUAACUGCCGAACAUUUAGCAUCAGGAUGCUCGGUGCCGAACGCCGGCUGUCGGAUGUGCGAUGUUGAACGCAGGCCGCUAUCGGCGCAUCAGCUCAUAAGGCGGCAGCGGCGCAUCUGAGAGGCGCCGCUUUCAUUUCCUGACUGACAGGAAAUUGUCGCAGACCGGCAGGUGCUUGCCGUCCUUAUCAGCUGACGUGUUGGCCGGGCUUUUUGUGCUUCUCAGCACACACACAUACACAAAGCUGGAAAAGCAAAUGUCCUUCAAACAAGGAUGACAAACUACAAAUCGACAUCCACAGAUUGACAGACAUGUCAUUACAUUAUAUAACGGUAUCAAAAUCAUCAGAUCGCUAUUGCUAUACAUUAUAACAACAUCAUUGGAUGAUCACAAUGGAUUAUAACAUGCAAAUAUGUAUGAUCAUUUUGGAAUGGCGUAAUAGAUCUAACGAUGUGGAUAACAACCAAUGAUAGCAGUGAUUUGUAGAAUGUGACGGGAGGACUGGGAGAUCAAACUCCGCCCCCCCACAUGGCCCGCCUAUUUAAGCAUCGCGCUGGGUGGCGCGUCGCGGUCGAGGACUUGCGGUCGACGGAGCGUUCAGACUGGAGCGCUCGUGGUACUCGUACACUCACUGGUUCCCCAUGGCGUCCUCUCACGUGAUGGACAACCAGCAGGAGGUGCCGCCCCCGCCCGCCAUGCAGCCCGCCAUGAUGAUGUUCUCCAGCAAGUACUGGAGCCGUCGUGGACUCUCCUUCGACUCUGCCAUGUUGGACCGGCGCCCGCCGCUACGCCACACCGGUGGACAGAUGUCACGUCGCCCGUCCUUCAGUCCCAUCAGCGAGACUGCCGGCGGGCUAAGUCAGGCGGUGGUGUUUUCACUGAAGAACGAGGUGGGCUGUCUCGUCCGAGCGCUACGACUGUUCCAGGAGAAGCGUGUCAACCUAAACCACAUCGAGUCGCGCGCGUCCAAGCGCGUGGCCAACGAGGUAGAGAUCUUUGCCGACUGCAGCUGCUGCAAGAAGGACUUCAACGAGCUUCUGGAGGUCCUGAAAGAUCACGUCAACAUCCUGUCCUUCAACACGCCCGCCCACGUCUGGGCCACGCAGGCCGAUGAGGAAGAAGUUCCGUGGUUUCCCCUGAAGAUCUCCGAACUGGAUCAGUGUUCUCACAGAGUGUUGAUGUAUGGAACCGAGUUGGAUGCUGACCACCCGGGCUUCAAAGACGAACUUUACCGCCAGCGCCGCAAGUACUUUGUGGAGGUGGCCAUGAAGUACAAGUUCGGUCAGCCCAUCCCGCGCAUAGAGUACACACAGGAGGAGGUCCGCACGUGGGGCGUGGUCUUCAGGGAGCUCAACAAGCUGUACCCCACUCACGCCUGCAGAGAGUACCUGAAGAACCUGCCCCUGCUCAGCCAGCACUGCGGUUAUCGACACGACAACAUUCCUCAGCUCGAGGACGUCUCGCACUUCCUCAGAGAGAGGUCGGGUUUCACCGUGCGACCGGUCGCAGGUUACUUGUCACCCCGUGACUUCCUGGCCGGCUUGGCCUACCGAGUCUUCAACUGUACACAAUAUAUCCGCCACAGCACCGACCCGCUCUACACGCCUGAACCGGACACGUGUCACGAACUCCUGGGUCACGUCCCUUUGCUGGCUGAUCCAAAGUUUGCUCAGUUUUCUCAGGAGAUCGGUCUGGCAUCUCUGGGAGCUUCUGAUGACGAUGUGCAGAAACUAGCCACAUGUUACUUCUUCACGGUUGAGUUUGGCCUCUGCAAACAAGAGGGUCAGUUGAGAGCCUAUGGUGCUGGUUUGCUGUCAUCCAUUGGAGAACUCAGGCAUGCGUUGUCUGAGCAGGCCUGUGUGAGGCCCUUUGACCCCAAGACCACGUGCAAGCAAGAAUGUCUCAUCACCACAUUCCAAGAAGUUUACUUUGUCUCGGACAGCUUUGACGAGGCCAAGCAGAAGAUGCGAGAGUUCGCCAAGACCAUCAAGCGUCCGUUCUCUGUGUACUACAACCCCUACACGCAGAGCGUGGACCUCCUCAAAGACACGCGCAGUAUUGAGGAUGUGGUCCAGGAUCUCCGCAGCGACCUGACCACCGUGUGCGACGCUCUCGGCAAGAUGAACACCUACAUGGGCAUCUGACCGCCACCACGUGCACCUCAAGAGCAAUUCCCCAGAAUAGAAUAAAACAGGUCUUUAUUGUCAUUGUUGCGGAAGACCAAAAGAUAUUUACGAUAUUGUACACCAAACGAUAUACAUCAGCAAAGUCUAUAUAGAGGGAGGUGCUUAGUGUCAAGGGUAACCACAACAACCCCAUACUAGAUUUCAUAUUUCAUCUCAUGAAGAACGUGUAAGAAGGCACUGAAAUAAAUGUCACCAUCACAAAAACGCUUUUGUUCUUCAUUGUCUUCCUAACAGCAAGAACAUUCUAGAACAGGGCUUGUCAAAGCAUGAUUUGGGCGCCACAUAUGCGGGGGUGGGGAGCACUCGCAUUUACAUUAUCAAGAG